GAGCAGAGAGGCAAGGCGACAGCAGCGCGCACGAUUCUACCGUUAUCUAGGGCGAUGUCUUUCUGCUCUUCGCUGCUAUGGCCCUCUAUCUAUUCAAUGCGAUCGUCCUGCCGUCAUCCACCGUUUCUCGCGACGACGCAAUCGAUUAAUUUCUUCCUCCUUUACCGAUUGCAAUCCCUUUCUUGGAAUAUUUGUUCUAGGGAAUUUCUUUUUCCUCUCUUUUACCUUUUUCUUCCUCUCUUCUUCUUAUUCUUCUUCUUCUUCCUUUCUUUCCCUUUCCUUUUUCUCUUUCUCUUACAAUAAUUUCUCAAAAAGACAAUUCUCUAUCAAUUCGAAUAAACUACGAUAUUAUUUCCAUAUUAAUGUAACAAGAUAUUGUAUCAUCCCGUUAUUUCAAACAAUUGCAACAAUGUUGCUAACUAUGGAAAUAUCGAUGAACCAACUUAUAUGGCCAACUUCGUAUCAUUACUCUCUAGGAUACAUUUAUAUAAGAGGACAAUUUUUAAAAAGUUUCAAGGAAUCAUUCAUAGAUGGUUAAUAAAUACAAUGGAUAUUCGGGAAGAUCAGGAUAUAUCAGAAUAUCAUCAAAAAAGAACAUUAAAAUAUGCCAAUCAAGCAGAAAUACUUAGGAGUCAUCAAAGGGAUAUGGAUUUUAUAUCAUUAUUACAAGAAAAGAUUUACAAUUUAUUACAUGGCUUUAAGAAUUAUAGAACCUUAUCUAAAUAUGUAAUUUCUGAUAUCCCAGCUAGAUUGAUAUAUUUUCUUUUCACGUCUGGAACGGGCAAUCAAACUUUAGGCGAAGAAUAUACCGGGAUCGUACAAGCUAAUAUUAAAAAUUAUACCGUUCCAUCUUUAAAUGCAAGGAUUAUAAGUAUGAUUCUUGAAUAUUUUGGGGAAAGAAUAUUAUUAAAAGAAUUGGGUGUAUUACAAAGAUAUAUUAAUGAUCCUCGUAAUCAAUUAACAGAGCAAUCGGUUAAAUUGUUUAAUUUGAUUUUAACAAGAUUACAGUCAAUAAUACCUCUACUUGUAUUAAUUCAUAAAGGUUUCUUUUAUAUCUCUGGUAGAUAUUAUAGUUUAGGUAAAAGAUUAACUAAAAUAGAUUAUGGAAAGGUUUAUGGUAGUUCAUCAGUGGACAAAGUUAGCUGGGGUUUAAGGCUACUUGGUAUUAUAACUUUAAUGCAAACUGUAUUAAGAAUAUGGCAAAAUGAAUCGCAGCAAAAGGAUAACGAAGAGCUUAUAAAAUUAGCGGAAACAGAUGUUCAUAAAAACUGUCAAUUGUGUACCGAAGCAAUAUCAACAACUGCAACUCCCUGUGGUCACACAUUUUGUUGGCCUUGCAUUAGUAACUGGUUGCGUAAUAAACCACAAUGUCCCUUUUGUAGAGAAAAUGUUCCACCCCAAAGAAUAGUAUAUUUAAUGAAUCUAUAAUACAAUAUAUAAAUUAUAUAAAUUUUUAUAAAAUAUUUUUGUUAUAAAAUUCGAAUUUUUGAUUUUUGCUUAUAAGUAAAUGACAUUGAAACAUUUUUUUUUUUUUAUGAUAAAGCUGUAUUGUGCAAUAUAUUGAAUAUUAGUAAAACUCGUUAAAAUGAGCUGAGAACUAGGUUUAUAUAAUU